GCGCGCGUGUGCCAGCCUCUACGAAAUCGCUCCAACUUCCUGUAGGCCAGCGGGUGACCAACCGGGCAGGCGCAUCGGCCGCCACCAACGCGAGUCCACGUGAUCCAGCAAAGUCCCGCUCGUCCUGAGGGGCGGGAAUUCGAGCUGGUGGCACCUCCUGCCUCCGCCUGGGUGUCCGCCGCCUCGCCCCCCGGAGCGUCACUCCUCAUUAUCGGAGAGAGAACUUCCCGUGACCUUGUGGCAGCCAUUGGAGCAUCCCACGGAGAAAGGAGCGAGGAGGCGGUUGGGCGGGCGUCUAUCCCAAGGCCCUUGCGGACCCUCCCUACCCUCCGCGACCGUCCGUCUGCCGCUCACACCUUCGCCAGUUCCCGGCGCGAGCGGCUCCCCUCCCAGCGGUUCUGAAUCCCAGCUGUAUGUACCUCUCAGCAUUACCGGCCUUAAGUCACGCUCUCGGAUUUUCGCUUCGGAAUACAUGUCAAGAGACGGAAGUGACUUUAGUGUGAUGCCAGCGCUGUGACAGUGAGAAAGGCAGAAACAAAGUAGUGAAAACGGUAACACGGAUAAUAAGUCUUGCGAUUAAUCGUGCCAGCCUCGGCCGAGAUAAGGAUGUUGAGCAGAAUCCCGGUUUGUGUGGCGCUGGCGCUAUUAGUCCUGCUGCAGGCACUGGCGCCUGCCAUGGCCUUCCCCAACGGCCUGCAGCCUGACCUUCAAUACGGAAGCAGGCGCCCAGCUGAAGUCAGGGACCCCAAACUGCGCAAGAUCUACGAACUCAUUUAUCCGUAUUACCAAAGGCCCAAGUACCGCUACCCCUUCUACGACCACCAGGGCAAAGGGGAGCUCCUAUAUGGGUACGGCGGACCCCAGCUCUUCCGCUACACCGUAUUCAAGCCGGUCGAGGGCUUCCUGCGGCGGUAGAGCAACUCCACCAGGCCACGUCUCGGCGCUAGUCAUUUGUUUCUGCAUCUACCUGAAGACGAGGUCACGAUGAUGAGGCGGCGCCAGGGCUGCCUCGGUCACCCCACUGCGGUCGGCAGAAACAAGACCACCAAAUAUAACGUUAUAUCCUUUGUGCUUGUUUCGGAGGUGCCGGGCGUCUCGGAGCCAUCAUCGUCCAGCUGUUGUUUGUCUUUAAUUCUUCUUUUGAUGAAAUGUGAUCGCUGUGCGAGAAAAAAGUUACAUUUACUUACAAAUUUUGUUGACAAAAUGUUGUAUAUAUGAAACACAUAAGUAAGGGUCAGGAUAUUUUUUACGGAAAUACAGCACUAUUCUUUGUUUUCCGCAAAUUCAUUGUAUAACAUAUUGCUCUCCACUUCUGUAUUAAGGAUCAAGAUAUGCCUUACUAAUUUAUAUUCUUUUACCAACUUGUUAAAUGACAUGCAGAAUUACAUUUUCAGAAUUGCUAUAUCAUUUGCUUGACUUGACGUUCCAAAAGAGACUAUUGUAUUUUGUAAAAUAUAUGUAGAUCAUAGUACAAACACCGUCAAUAAGUGAAAUAAGAUCAGACCGUGCUCAAACGAGGCCCAACAGAUAAAAGUCAGUUUCCAAAUUUUCUGAAAGGAGCGGCUCGUUUUCAAGGGUUCCUAUACCUCUCCUUAAAUUAUAAACCUUCAUGUUUAUGUCUAAUACAGAACUCGGUAUAAUAUAGCUGUCCUGAAAAUAUACUUUAUCGCUUUCUGAAAUUUUGCAAAUAAUGAAGCUACUCUGUUAUUGCUGUUUAUUUUGCUCUUGAUGAGUUUAGUGACUCAAUUUUUUAUGUGUUUGACAUAACAGUUAUAUUCUCAUCUGACUUUUAAUAAAGUGUUUCGACUUU